AGGACCUUAUCAUCCACUCUGUGUGUGUGUGUGUUUCAACAGGGCACUCAGACAUGCGUUUCUCUCCAAACACUCCCGACAGACAAAAUGUCCAGAGUGGAGUCUAAGUCAGAACUGUUCAACAUGUCCGCUGUGUCCAUCACGGAGCCAGAGAAGGAGGGGGAACGUUUCUGCCAAAAGCCCAACAGGUUUGAACGCUACGUCCAGCCCUGCCUGGCCGAGCUCCUGGGCUCGGCUCUCUUCAUCUUCGUGGGCUGCUCCUCGGUCAUCGAGAACGUGGAGGGCACCGGCAGGCUCCAGCCUGCGCUGGCCCAUGGCCUGGCCCUGGGGAUCGUCAUUGCAGUCCUGGGGGAGAUCAGUGGGGGCCACUUCAACCCUGCCGUGUCCCUGUCGGUCUACCUGACCGGAGGCGUGAGCAUCAUCCUGCUCCUGCCCUACGUGGGGUGCCAGCUGUGUGGGGGGCUGAUCGGAGCAGCGCUGGCCAAGGCGAUAUCCACAUCGCAGAGCUACGCCAACGCCUCAGGGGCAGCCUUUAACGUGGUGCAGAGUGACGAGCAGAUCGGGCCGGCCGUCGUAGCCGAGACAGUGAUGACGCUCUUCCUGACUAUGGUGGUGUGUAUGGGGGCCGUCAACGAGAAAAGCCGCAGCCUCCUGGCACCCCUGUGCAUCGGACUCACUGUGGCCGCGGAUAUACUGGCAGGAGGGGCCGUGUCCGGGGCCUGCAUGAACCCUGCCCGUGCUUUUGGGCCAGCCGUGGUGGCAAACUACUGGGACUACCACUGGAUCUACUGGGUCGGGCCCGUGAUCGGAGCUCUGCUCACUGCCUGCUUUGUGAGGUUGCUGCUGGGUGACAGGAAGAUCAGAGUUCUCCUCAAGUGAUCUCCAUAGAGCCUCAGUGGUUAUCUUACUGGCCAGCUGGGGCAGGGUCUGGACCUCCUGGUGUCCAACAAGACCAUGCCCCCGCCUGGCUAGGCUGUCCACCUGCUGGACAAGAGUCAGUACUGGCUGAUCCACACCCACCGGUUUCUACACAGCAGAUUCUCUAAAAGAAAGCAGAGCCUUUUUCAACAGCGCGUCCAGGGCAGACGUGCAGCACAUUACACAAAAGAACUGAAAUCACAGAGAGAGCUGCUUUGUGGGUGGACAGCAGGAAACACGCGUUCUAGAAAUAAUUGUUCUUUUUGUUCUGUUUUUUUGCCUUGCGUUAGAAAUCAUUGCAGCAUUUAGAAAAAUCAACUGAUUGUUGUGUUAGUAUGUACGCUGCGUUUCCAACACAAUGGACUCAGAGACACAGACUGGUAAGCUGUGAUUCUUUCCCAGCUUUUCUUUAUUUGUGUGUGGAUUUGAUACUGCUUUCAAAAUGUUCCGGAAGUUCAGCGGUGUUCGUUUUUUCUCUCCAAUGUCUGAGAAGCACUUUGGAGAAUUGGCUG